UGUUGAGAGCUGGUUCUCUCUUAGCCCCCCAACCACGAGUCGCAUGUUGCAGAGUGGGAACCUCAUCAUCAGCUCGGCAACUCCGACCACUCUCGACUAUGUCCGCGACAGAAUUGUCGGGUGAAUCCGAGGAGUUGUUUCCGGCCAUUGAUGAGUCUUCACAACCAACAACUACAAGAGGACGCAUUGGACUAACAUCCAGUAACUUCGGCAGUAUCAAUUUCUUAGAGAGAAAAAACAAAGCACAAGUUAAGCGCGAUAUAGCGCUGGCUUUGGCUACCCCCGAUAAACCGUUUUUGGCCAGAGAUGCUAUUAAAGCAUGCGGUGGUCGAUGGUUCGAUACUAACAAAGCGUACAAAAGCAAUGUUCUGUCUCGAUUCAUGCAAACUUAUCUCACAAAAUCUCAAUUAACGCCCACUCUGGGAAAUGCAAUGUUGGUGAGCUACGCUGAAAACAGCAAAGAUUUUGAUUCUAAGAGUCUUCUGAAGUCUUACUUGGACGCGAAAAUCCAGCCCAAUGCGAGAACAUAUUCUGCGAUUAUGAGAAUGGAAAUAGCUAGAGGUAACUACCAGUCCGCCAUUGACGUAUUCAAUUUCUGCAAGGAGCAGUCUUUGGAAAUAUCAGAUAGCGGGCUGCUGGCCUUGAUAUCGGGAAGUGUAGCUAACAAAAAUUGGGAAAUUCUAGCUGAAGCACAAGCAAGGUUAAAUGAUACUGAGGAUACUACAUUUUUGAAGCAGCUGGCGUUGGCUCUUGGAUAUAGCAAAGAUGGAGAUUUAAAAGGAAUCGAAGACUCCUUGUUGUCAAUGAGUCUGAAUGACAGUUCUGCGUUAGACGAGAAAGUUGCAAUGAUUCAAGCUUGCUGUUUAGUUUAUGCUAGUCUUGUAGAAAGCAACGCCACUGAUGCUGUAACAUCUAAAUUUUUGGACCAAUUUGCAGCUCUUAGACUUGAGUCUAUUCCUGUGUAUGACGGAAACUUAGGCCUGACAAGCGCCUAUCUUUAUGCCAAUGGGUUUGGAGAUGCUAGUUUUAAACUGAAAAGGGCGAUUCCUGAAAAUUCAGCGCUUCCGUCUGGAGUGCGAUUUUCAGAUUAUAACCUGAUGGGUGCGAUGGUGGCAAAUAGUAAGGAACCUGCGGAUGUCACGAUUAAAAAUGUAUCUGAGUCGAAUAUAUUUGAGAAACCGAUUGAAAACUGGCUCAAAACUGACGUAAUAUAUGGGCAUAAACUUGAAGACGUAACGGGUGUCAUGAAGUUGUACUUGCAGAAACCGGAAAUAGGGGAAAUCAGACCUCAAUUCUUCUUUCCUUUCUUGGUCAACACAAGCCAGGCUAAACCGCCUGAAGAUGAAAUGAUAAAAGGUUUCAACGUGGCUUUACAAAAUGAAUCCGAAGAAAUAGCUUUGCACUCGCUGGAAGCGUUUCACCAGAUAUUAAUAACAAAUGCUGACCUUUUGAACUUGAUUCUUAAAAAUAAGUCGUGUGAGGCGUUUCCUAGAUCCCAAGUUGCAAUUAUCAGAGCUCUAUUACAUCAAGGCCGCUUUUUCGAGGCUUCUCAUCUUACUGAAGGUAUCUCUUUCGAUGAAAGUUUGUCGAAGUAUCUAUUAGACAAAGCUGUGCCUAUGCUUAUGCAGAUCGAUUUUUCGAGUGUAGAUUUGAGUAAAGUUCUUAUCAAGUGUUUAAAGUCCAUUUCCAACAAAGAAACGUGUUCAAGCUAUAUUAGGAAGAUAUUCAACUACUUGACAAGCGCAACAGCUACAGGUAGGAAUUCGUACCAGCAAUCAGUUGUAGCGAAACACCUGGCCAAAAAUGAUUGCUUAUUCGAUUAUAUUCCCUCUGAUUUCUCUAUGCCUGUUAUCACUAGUGAACAAGUGUUCGCUAAAUUGAUCAACGACAUCUUCAACGUUAUGCUGAGGCCACAUGCAAUGCUAAAUCCCAACCAAUUUAGUUCUAAUUUAGUCCAACUAUCCAGCCAAGAAUUGGAAGAGCUACUGGCUAAAAUGGACUCAAGUGAGUGUAAAAUUGAGCUGGAAGCAGAGAAAGAAGCCAAGAAGAUGAUUUUGAAUGCUACAUUGGGUCGAUUCGAGGAGUUCGACGCUCUCAUGUCGAAAGAAGACGAAGCGAUUCGAAACGUCUUCGCCAAAUACUCUGUUGUAAACCUUAUGAUGGACACGUUACUUAGAGCGGAGUCCUUUCCACGGGCGUAUGCGAUGGCGAAGAAGCUCAAUUACUUGAAUGUUUUCCAAGUUACCUCAAAUGUUUUCCAAGGUAUGAAAACUGAAGAUGACGUUGAGCUACUCUUAAGUGAACCCUUAGACGGAUAUUUUGUAGACCCUACGAGUCUUGGUCUUGCGAUUGGCCGUGUCAGAGAGAUUUUACCCCCAGAAAAAAUGAAAAAUGCUCUGGAACGACUUUUAGAUACGAAGUUUAAGUACCAUGCUUCAGCCGGCUUGAUGGAAGUGUACCUUGAUGAUUUACUCCAAGGAAAAAUGAAUUUUGAAGACCUGAAAGAGUUCUACUUGAAAGCUUCGGACAAUGGUACUGCAGAUAAUAUGAAAAUUUACAUGGUCGCUGCAUGUCUGAACCACCCAGAUAACGAAUCUUCAAAAGCAAUGCUGAAAGAUCUGUUAAAGACAGACGGAACCACAAAUGAUGCCGAACUUUUGGCAGGGGAAAUCCUGCUUGGCUACAUGAUGAUUGGCCAGCAAGAAAAGGCUCUUGAAAUGUCAGCCAACAAGGCUGUUCGAUUCUCAAGAGCUAGCUUGGCGAAACUGCUGCGCAAAAAGGAUGCAAAUGUUUACAAAUCAUUGUUCGGAAUUGAAGGUCGUGUAAUAGUUCCGGAAUCGGCUAUCACCAAGGAUGCCAAAUUGCCAAGUCUUGUGGGAACGGCCAUGUGUAAUCUAUUGCACAGAUUGUUCUCAAAUGGAUCAGAACAGGAGCGCCAGUUUGUAAAGGAGGUUGUGCAGAAAGUGGUGGCUGACAAAACAAGGAUGCAAGGCUUGGCAUUUCAGCGUUUGGAGCGUCUCGCCAGAACAGUUGGCAUUGAGGUUCCUGACGACUUCCGCAACAGGUAUUCCAUGCUGGCUAACGUGACCUUGAUGACACAUGUGAAUAGAGGAGACUUGGACGCUGCAACUAAGUUGAUGACGAAGAUGGAAGGAAAUAUCAUAAGCUCGGCAUUUGUUAUUGAGUCGUUGAUACAACUGGCAACUACAAUGGACGAGUCUGUUCUGGCAAAGAAGCCUUUUUUGCAGUUCCUGGCCAAAAAUGCUGACAAAAUGAGCGUUGGAAAGCUUGUCAGUAAUCUUUUGAGGGCUAACAAUUGGAGUUAUAACCAAAUGGAUCAAAUUCUUAAGGCGCUUUCGGUUGCGGAAGAUAAUCGGGUGCACAACAAGUACCUCAGUGCCUGCUUUUCAAGCUACAGAGCCCCGAUUUACGCGCCAAGAGCUCUCGUCACUUUUCUGACGUCGGACGUGACUGAUAAAACCAUGGCUGAGAAGGUGAUCAGGAAUGCUUUUAACAGGACAGACGCGCCUUCUAUGGUCAGUAUUAUGAUUCAGUGUGCACGUCUUCAACCCGCGAGACUGAACACAAGCGAAGCUGUUCGUGACUCUGCUGUUGCUUUGAUUGCUAAGGAAAUGACGAAAAAAUGUUCGGUAGACGAAAUGAACUCGAUCGUGAAUGAGAUCUCAAAGCGAUUCGUGGUCGAGUCCGAAGUUAUGGAAAUAGUAAAGAAAAGUAUGAGUAAAUCUGAAUGAUUGAUCCCUUUAUUGCCUCGAACUUUAUACGAAUAUAUUUUUGACCAAUUAUAAUUCUUCGUAACAUUG